GCAAUAAAUCCAUCAGCACACGCUCUUUCAGAGAGCAGAUUCUCUGCUGUCUUGCCAACAGCUGCCAGUUCCUCUUUGAGUGCCUCACGUUCAGAUGAGCUGUAAGACAGUGAGCUUUAGUGGAGCAGACAGGCUUCCCUUUCUUGUGUGAAGGUGACAGAAGAGCCGAGUCUGUCAAGGGACCUCCCUAAGCACCUGGAGGAGAAGGCCUCUGCUCUCCCACUCCCCACCCAGCCCAGCCUCCUGCAGCCGGGGCCAUGCUCCACUUCGCUCUAAGUGCUCCUCAGCGGCUGCUGAAGGAAGGGAGACAGUCCCGGAAGCUGGUGCUGGCAGUGGUAUUUGUGGCGCUGCUCCUGGACAACAUGCUUCUCACCGUGGUGGUGCCCAUUGUGCCCACCUUCCUGUAUGCGACAGAGUUCAAAGACAUCAACUCUUCUAUAAGCUCCCAUCAAGCUUUCACCUCUCCUGCCUUCUCUACCAUAUUAUCCUUCUUUGACAACACCACCAUGACCGUAGAAGAGCAUGUACCCUUCCGUGUAGCAUGGACAAAUGGCACUCCUCCUCCUCUAGUCACUGAAGCUGGCCCAGUACCUAAAAACAACUGCUUGCAAGGGAUAGAGUUCUUGGAAGAAGAAAAUAUCCGGGUUGGGAUUCUUUUUGCUUCAAAGGCUUUAAUGCAACUUCUGGUCAACCCAUUUGUAGGACCUCUUACCAACAGGAUUGGCUAUCACAUCCCCAUGUUUGCUGGCUUUAUGAUCAUGUUUCUCUCCACACUAAUGUUUGCUUUCUCUGGCACCUACGCCCUGCUGUUUGUAGCCCGAGCCCUCCAAGGCAUCGGAUCUUCAUUUUCAUCUGUUGCAGGGCUUGGGAUGCUGGCCAGUGUCUACACUGACAACGACGAGAGAGGGAAAGCCAUGGGAAUUGCUUUGGGGGGCCUAGCUUUGGGGCUCCUGGUGGGAGCACCUUUCGGAAGUGUGAUGUAUGAAUUUGUGGGCAAGUCCUCACCAUUCCUCAUCUUGGCCUUCCUGGCACUUCUGGAUGGAGCUCUCCAGCUGUGCAUCCUGUGGCCUUCCAAAGUGUCUCCUGAGAGUGCCAUGGGGACUCCACUCCUCACACUUCUCCAAGACCCUUACAUCCUGGUAGCAGCAGGUUCCAUCUGUCUGGCCAACAUGGGCGUCGCUAUACUAGAGCCCACGCUGCCCAUCUGGAUGAUGCAGACCAUGUGUUCCCCCGAGUGGCAGCUAGGUCUGGCUUUCUUGCCUGCCAGUGUGGCCUACCUCAUUGGCACAAACCUUUUUGGUGUGUUGGCCAACAAAAUGGGUCGGUGGCUGUGUUCCCUUGUUGGAAUGGUGGCAGUAGGUGUAAGCUUGCUCUGUGUACCUCUGGCUCACAAUAUUUUUGGUCUCAUUGGCCCCAAUGCAGGCCUUGGCUUUGCCAUAGGCAUGGUGGAUUCCUCUUUGAUGCCCAUCAUGGGCUAUCUGGUGGACUUGCGCCACACCUCUGUGUACGGGAGUGUCUACGCCAUCGCUGAUGUGGCUUUUUGCAUGGGCUUUGCUAUUGGUCCGUCUACUGGGGGUGCCGUGGUACAGGUCAUUGGCUUCCCUUGGCUCAUGGUCAUCAUUGGUGUCAUCAACAUCGUUUACGCCCCUCUCUGCUGCUUCCUGCAGAAUCCCCCAGCCAACGAGGAGAAACUUGCAAUUCUGAGCCAAGAAUGCCCCAUGGAGACCCGGAUGUAUGUAUCACAGAAGCCCACAAAGGAGUUUCCACUAGGAGAGAACAGUGAUGAUCCUGACAGUGAGGAGUAGCCACAGAUGGCGAUACCUUAGCCCAAUCCCAACUGACUCCAUAAGGCUUGGAUUUCAGUGACCACCUGUUCCCCAGGGACUGCAUCACCACGGACUAGUCAACUUGGCUUUCCUCUGCUCUGGGUGUCACCUCCCUCCUCCCUUCUCCCUUCUCCUCAAUGGCUUGCCCUUGCUCACCUGUGCAGCCCACUGUGCUCUGUCUGUGCUUUCUCACCACAGGUGGCCCACUUUUUGUGGGAGGACAGUGCUACUUCCUGCCAGACCCGAACGAGGCUGCUUAAAGUUGAGUUGUGACAGGUUCUACAAGGCAUGACUCACUUCCUGCAGGCGGUACUGAACACUGUGCCUGUGGAACCAGAGGAACAAACAGCCAGGCUUGCUUUGUUCUGUGAUUUUCUUUGACAUAUUCCCAACAGGUCAUGGGAUUUGAUCGCUGUCCUGUGAUGUUUUUUCCUUACUUUAUUUUUUGCAGUGGAGCUUCAAUAUAUAGCUUUUUCCUUAUUAAAAAAAAUAUGUAUCUUUAUCUGUGGGUGUAUGUGCUAAAAUUACUUCACCUUCGUUAAAUGAGGCCUUCCUACUUUCUUCAUCACCCAGUCAAAAGGAAAUAGGCAGCUUUCUUAG